AUGUUUGAUUCUGGUUACAAGUCACAGUAUAUUGAAGGUCAGAAGGAGAAAUUUGUGAGGUUGGAUGAUUUGGAUUCCAAUUCGUCAAUGCCAUCUAGCUCAAGUGGGAUGAAGAAGUUAAGAUUUAAUUUAGAUUGUUUGCCUUUUCUUAUUCCCGGUCGCGGGAAAAAAAAUUCGUCGAAAUCGUUUCGAGUCGGAGUGAAAAAGGGAUCAGAUGGACUAAUGAAUAUUGGAAGAUCACUCAAAAGUGGAGUCACUUGGGGAGUUUUUCCAGAAGAUCUUAAAGUGUCACAGAAAAAAGUAUUUGAUCCUCAAGAUAAGAAUCUUCUUUAUUGGAACAAGUUUUUCGAGAUUCUAUGCAUCCUUUCUGUAGCUUGUGAUCCUUUCUUUUUUUAUCUUCCUUAUUUCAACCACAAAUCAUAUUGUUUAGCCAUAGAUAACAAUCUAGCGAAGUUUACUGUUAUAUUGAGAACAAUAUGUGAUUUUAUUUAUCUCAUUCGCAUAAGUUUCCAAUUCCGCACCGCCUUCAUUGCACCUUCAUCUCGAGUAUUUGGAAGAGGUGAACUUGUCAUAGAUCCUGGAUUGAUCGCAAAGCGAUAUUUACAACGCUAUUUCAUUAUUGACUUCUGGUCUGUGCUGCCGCUGCCACAGAUGGUAGUGUGGAAGUAUCUUUAUAGUGCAAGACGCUGGAAGGUAUUGGAUACAAAAACAUCACUAUUGAGACAUGUCAUCAUGCAAUAUUUUCCGAGAAUGGUACGGUUCAUACCUUUGGCUUCCGAAGUUAAAAAGACAGCUGGUGUUUUUUCUGAAAAUGCAUUGCUCGGUGCCAUGUACUAUUUGAUCUGGUAUAUGCUUGCUAGCCAUAUAACGGGUUCUGUAUGGUACUUGCUAGCGAUAGAACGUAACGACACAUGCUGGAAGAAUGCAUGUAAAGAAGUUGAAGGAUGUAAUUCAAAUUUCUUGUAUUGUGGAAGUUCAAGUAAGCAUAUACCAGGGUAUGAAAGUUGGAGAAAUGUGAGCCAAUCUGUGCUUAAAAGUAAAUGCUUUAUUGAAGAUGAUAACUCGGCUUUCAACUAUGGAAUCUUUUCUCAAGCUAUAGAAUCUCAUAUUGUUGCUUCCAUAGAAGUUUUCCCAAAAUUUUGCUACUGUCUAUGGUGGGGACUUCAGAAUUUAAGUACACUUGGUCAGGGGCUUCUAACUAGUACCUACCCUGGAGAGGUUUUGUUUUCCAUAGUAAUAGCUAUUAUGGGGCUUGUGCUCUUUGCUCUUCUGAUUGGAAACAUGCAGACCUACCUUCAAUCAAUGUCGGUUCGUCUGGAGGAAAUGAGGAUCAAAAGGCGUGACUCCGAGCAGUGGAUGCAUCAUCGCUUGCUUCCUCCGGACCUAAGGGAAAGAGUCAGACGCUACGACCAAUACAAGUGGUUGAACACCCGAGGGGUCGAUGAAGAAAAUUUGGUUCAGAGUCUUCCAAAAGAUCUUAGAAGAGAUAUCAAACGUCAUCUUUGUUUGAAUUUAGUCAGAAGGGUUCCUCUCUUUGCUAACAUGGAUGAACGCUUGCUUGAUGCGAUAUGUGAGCGAUUGAAACCGAGUUUAUAUACAGAGCGAACUUUCAUAGUUAGGGAAGGUGAUCCAGUUGAUGAGAUGUUCUUCAUCAUUCGUGGUCGUCUAGAGAGUGUUACUACAGAUGGUGGAAGAAGUGGCUUCUUCAACAGAGGAGUUUUGAAGGAAGGUGAUUUUUGUGGUGAAGAGUUGCUAACAUGGGCAUUGGAUCCAAAAUCUGCAGCAAGCUUACCAUCAUCAACAAGAACCGUGAAAGCUAUGAGUGAGGUAGAGGCAUUUGCUUUAGAAGCAGAGGAAUUGAAGUUUGUUGCAUCACAGUUUAGACACAUACAUAGUAGACAGGUUCAGCAUACAUUCCGUUUCUAUUCGCAACAAUGGCGAACAUGGGCUGCAAUCUAUAUUCAAGCUGCAUGGAGGAAGCAUUUAAGGCGAAGACGAAGGAAGGAGGAAGAAGAAUACUACGAGGAUUACGCGGGAAGUGAUGAUUCUGCAAGGGCGUUGGUUCCGGGUCCUGAAAGUUCGUCAAAAUUUGGACUUAAUACAACAGUCUAUGCUUCUCGGUUUGCUGCUAACCUUCGUGGUCAUAGACUUCGAGUGCCAAGUUCAAGAGACCUGGUGAAUAUCCCAAAGCCCUCAGAACCUGAUUUCAGUGCUCUCAAUGAUAAAGAGUUAUGAAAUUCUGUUUUGCUUAUGAGGACUGUGUUAUCUUCAUUUACACUGCUGCCGCUGCGAUUGUCCUUCAGCAUGACACUGUCUGUACUUGUAAAGUAUUGUGUAUUUGUCAGCUGAUAACAGUGUUGGCUUAUACAG